UUUCAGACCUUCCUCUGCUCAUCAGGUGAGAUAACCUUCCGACAGACCACUUCAAGCGGGUUGGAAACGGUGCGUAAAAACCACUUGACGCGGUCGACGUGACUCUGGUGAUUUUUUAUUUUAGAAAUCCAUCUAUAUUUUUGUACACUGAAGAAUACGUUUAGACGGAAUCAUGAACGAAACCGACUAUGGGCAGUUAUCGCUGACGGAGUACACAUUCGAAAGGCACUUUGAUGAAAGCGUGGCCAUGGAAUGGAUGCAGCAACACUGGAAUAUGGCUUUUGUGUUUUGCGGUCUGUACGCUGCACUUGUGUUUGGCGGACAACACUUUAUGAAGGACCGACAGAAACUGGACCUCCGCAGGCCUAUGAUUCUGUGGUCAUUGAGUCUGGCCAUUUUCAGUAUUGUUGGAGCGGUUCGCACUGGCCUGUACAUGCUCUACAUUCUCCAGAGCUACGGCUUCAAGCAGUCUGUCUGCGAUCGCAGCUUCUACAAUGGACCCAUCUCCAAGUUUUGGGCCUAUGCUUUUGUCCUCAGCAAAGCACCAGAGCUGGGCGACACGGCGUUCAUCGUGCUCCGCAAGCAGCGCCUGAUCUUCCUGCACUGGUACCACCACAUUACCGUGCUGCUCUACUCUUGGUAUUCCUACAAGGACCAGGUGGCCGGCGGCGGCUGGUUCAUGUGCAUGAACUACGCCGUGCACGCCCUGAUGUACAGCUACUACGCCACGCGCGCCGCCGGCUACCGCGUGCCCAAGCCGUGCGCCAUGGUCAUCACCACGGCCCAGAUCGCCCAGAUGGCCAUGGGCCUGACGGUGGUGGGGCUGGUCUACAAUUGGAUGCAGGAUGGCGACUGCCCCUCCUACCUGGACAACAUCGUCUGGGCCUCGCUGAUGUACCUGAGCUACCUGGUGCUCUUCUCCAUGUUCUUCUACCAGACGUACCUGAAGGGGCGCAGAGAAAAGGCCACCAAGGAGGAGUGAGUGGGGCGAAUGGUUGAGCAGCAAUGCCAAUUACAUUCGCACACGUGCGCGCACACACAGGGAUGGAAAGGGAAGGGAAGGGAGCCGAGGAUGAAUUGGGGCCCUUGGUUUUCUCUCUCUCUCUCACACACGCACACGCACACGCACACGCACACACACACACACAGCAGGUGUUGUGUGGGGACCCGUUCUCUCUCCCUUUUCUUCUCUUCUCUCCCUGACACUCUUUAAUUUUGAACCUAAAAUUUCGAUGGCAUUGUUUUUGUUUUAGAAGUAGGCCUAGUGUUCAGUGUGCCAGUGUUUUUAUGUUUUAAAAAUGCUAGGCUUUUGUUUCUAGUGUAAUAUAUUCAAUGGCCUACUAAGGACGCAAAGAGACAACAGAUGGCAUCCAAAAAAAUAGCCUGAGAAUGUAGCCAUCAGGAUUUUAGUCAAUGUCUCGGCACUUUUUAGCUGGCAUUUUGUACAAAGUGGGACCUGCCAGUAACAUAGCCUAUAAUAACUAUGUACAUUUAAGCUCAUACUUGCAGCAAAAAAGGCCUUGAAAGAAUGUGUUUUGUUGGUGUGUGUUUGCGUGGGAGGGAUUCAUUUAGGUCAAAGCUAGGAUAAACUAAACGAAUAUUAUCUCUGAUUGUAUAAACAACGAUUUCGGAGGACAUGCGGGUAUUUGCACGGCCAACUGUCUGUCGAAUGUUUCUAGUUUGUCCCGAGCAAAAAAAAAACCAACCAUGUCCUUGGAUAAGCUGUUGAUAAGUUAUACGCACCAUUGUGCAUCAUGCAUCAUCUGUUGUUCUUAGCUGAUUGAAGAUUAGAUCUUCAUAUCAGAACAGAAUGACAGGGAGAUGUUGAAGGAAUGUGAGGCAGUCUUUUGUUGCGUACUGGCUCGACCGGUCUGCGGUUAAGCCUGCGACUCUGCGUUUUCUUCAUGAUCGACGUGAGAAUGGACACACCUGCAGUUCACACCCCUACCCCAUCCCUAAAUCAUAGCUGACAUUUCUGAAUUCUCUGACGUGCUUGCUGUUGGAGGUGACCUAUGACCUAGUAUGUAUCCCAUGGGGCAUUCUAAGAACAUGGUUGAGCUCUAAACCCACAGCCCUGUGGCUAAACCUGGCUAAGUUGACCUAAAGGGAAUGGUAAACCUGCUGAUAGAUAGCCCACACAUGUCAUGUAGUUAAGAAAAGGAGGCGUCUGGGCCCUUCUAUUAGAUGAUUAACCACUACCUCAAAGUUGAAUGAACCUGGUUUACUACUGAGCCAGGUUCUUGGAAUACCCCCAGAUUACAGUUUAUUUUUGUUUGUUUGUUUGUUUGUUUGUUCUUCAUCCAUAUAUGUACAGAAGUUCAUAGCUGUGCUCUGAGCUUCAUUGAAGCCCACUAUGCUAAUAACUUAUUCAUUAUUUAUUUGAUGAUGACUGAAUGAUGACAUCUCUAGAUUAUGUCGGACAUGUCUCAAUCAUGACUCCUUUUUUGUACUAAAAUAUAUUUAUGUGCUCAUGUAUGUUGCCAUCUGAUGUUUAUAGGCUGCGUUUUGUAUAGCGGUGAGGAUUCAGUUUUGAAGAACACAUUUAUGCAGAGAAGCGUUUUUUUAUAUUUUAUCUUGGGAGAAAAAUCCUCUACCUCAUUCAUGGUUAGUUCAGGAGUUCAAUAGAAUGAACCUGAAUGUCUUCAACGAUCUGUCUUCUGCUCACUUCUGAGAAAUGUCACUCUUACUUUAUUUUCGCUAUUUCCUGUUGCAUUAACUGCUGGUGUCUGGGUUAGCCAAGCUUUUUAUUUCAGGUCCUAGCACUAAUGGUCGGUUCGUUUGACCACUUGGUCUUAUUGUUUACAGUAGAAUGUUCUUCUUUGAUUUUCUUUUUCUGGCAUUAUGUUGACUAUUCCAAGUGGUUGUGAUGAGGAGCUGUUCAUGCUACAUUUGUUGAUGUACUGUCAUAUUGAAUCCUAUUUCACUGAUCUCUUGAGUAAUUUCACAAAACGCAACACUGUGCCAACGGUUUUGGUGCUUUUAGUUUGCUACAAUGUUACUUGUUGUACUGGCCUCCAAUUGAGGCACCUUGGCUAGACUGAGUACAUUGAUUUGUGUCUUUUUGCCGUUUUUUUAAUUGAGGAAGCCUUGCUUCAUGUCCUUUUUUUGUCUGAAGGAGUGUGUUUUUAAAUGAAUGUAUGAUAUAAAAAAUACUUGGUGUAAUAUAAUAAAGCUGCUACUAUUUUA